AUGACCAAUUCUCAUUCUUGGUUAGAAUCUAGCAUAGAUUCUUCCGCGAAUCUUUCUGGUCUGAAAUCCACUGUGCCUGUGAUUCCUUCUCCUACUAAGAAAAUUAUGAAAAUAAAGCACGACAAUAGGACACCUCUGUCUUCUUCUACCAAAGCAGCAUUGAGGAAUUUUUCAUUGAAAAGGAGAGUAGGGAUAUGGGUAGAAAAGACCCUUUUUCUGGAGAGUGUGACAUGUCAACUUGACAAGAUGAUUAACCCUUCUCCUCCCAAACGAAAGAGGACCGUUUGUGAUGGCGAUAUGAAGAAUCUUGGUCCGAAGAUUUUGGGUUUCGAGUCUUGA